AUGCCACCUGUGGCCACCGAUCCUCCUCUUCCGUUCCCGUCCAACAGCACCAACACCUCCUUCGAUGGUCCUCCCCGAAAAUCUUACGACAAAACCAUCAGCAGUGUCUUCACAUACACAAACGGAUCCGAGGUCGAGACGGGCUUGCCCGACCACCGGCUGGAUCAGCUCAAAAACCUACGGAACAACAGCCAUGGCUCCCUAACCAAUGGCGUCCCCAACGGCACCGUCAAGCCACCCCUAGAUCGAUCAAACUCCAAGACAGGCAGCAUUCAGUCGGUAGCAAGUACGACAGGAAAACCCAUUGAAAAUCCAUCCAGGAACCCGGUCUCUUCAGAUGGACUGACAAAACUCUCCAGUGUUGAAAACGCGUCGGAGGAUCGAUGUGACGAUGUCACCCCUCCACCAAGCUCACAAGCGCCGGAGUUGGGUAAAUUGAAAACGAACAUUCCCCCUGCCAAACCCGAUUACGAUUCCACACACAUGGUGACAGCUUCGACUGUACUGGAUACAGCGCGGACGGAUGGACUGACAUUAUCUCGUGGGUCUCGCGGCCCUGGACCCGGACUCACUCGCUUUUCCUCGCCUCCUCUCAUGUCACCGGGCGCUUCAAUACAAGAUCGUCAUUCGGAAAUAACGCAACCGCCCGAGACGCCGAAACUCUCCCAGCGUCAUACUUUGCAAGUCCCCAAAUCCGGUGUUGCGGUGGGUCGAAGUUCUCGAGAUUUCUCUUUUUCCGCAGGGCCCUCGGAAGAAGCAUUAUCUGCCACCGGCCGGUUUUCGCCCAUUCGAGAUCAAUACGAUGCGUCGAUAACGAGACAUCGGAGGGCAUCCCUCGGACUUGUUCGGAGGACGACGCGGUCGAUGCAGUCUGACGCCUAUUUGGAGGAAGUCCCCCCUGAUGAGGAUGCGGCACGUUGGACCGAGCUGAUCAAGCAGAAAAGAGCGAGUAGGCGGAAAAAGAAGGAGGAGGAAGAUGAUGACCGUGUCAUUGUCGGCAAGAAAGUUGAAGAGGGCCAUGUCAACUGGGUUACCGCAUACAACAUGUUGACCGGAAUUCGAUUUACGGUGUCGAGGACCAAUGCGAAGAUUGAUCGAGACUUGACCGAUGCCGACUUCGACGCAAGGCACAAAUUCAGUUUCGAUAUCACCGGAAAUGAAUUGACACCAAGCGCAAAGUACGACUUCAAAUUCAAGGAUUAUAGUCCUUGGGUCUUUCGCCAUCUCAGGGCCAUUUUUGGACUGGAUCCUGCUGACUACCUUGUCAGUUUGACCAGCAAGUAUAUCUUGUCUGAACUGGGCAGCCCUGGGAAAUCGGGAUCUUUCUUUUACUUCUCUCGCGAUUAUAAAUACAUUAUCAAGACCAUCCACCAUGCUGAACACAAAUUGUUGAGGAAGAUACUCCGGGAUUACUACCGACAUGUCCUGGACAACCCGAAUACGUUGAUUAGCCAGUUCUACGGUCUACACCGAGUCAAAAUCCCCUAUGGCCGAAAAAUUCAUUUUGUGGUGAUGAACAAUCUCUUUCCGCCGCAUCGAGAUAUUCACCAAAUGUUUGAUUUGAAAGGCUCCACCAUUGGCCGAGACUUUAAGGAAGAGGACCUGGCCACGAAUCCUAGGGCCACUCUGAAAGAUCUCAACUGGCUGCGACGGGACCUGCAUCUCGAGUUUGACGCCCGAAAACGACAGAUAUUUCUCGACCAGAUAAAAAGGGAUGUUGCCCUCCUGCAAAGGUUGCAUAUCAUGGACUACUCUCUUCUUGUGGGUAUGCAUGAUCUAGGGAAGGGUAACGAAGAGAAUCUGCGUGAAACCACCUUGCAAGUGUUCCAGCCUGGUGGGGAAAGAGAAGAAGACGAAUAUGGUACAGCAAUGUUGACCAGGACGCCCUCCAGACUGGAGAACGCCAAAAAGGCACGAGAGUUGAGAUUGACCCUCAAAAAAGAGAAACCUAUUCCCAUGGGUAUGGCCAACAACAAGAUGCCAUCCGAGAUAGCUUCUGGAGAUGGAAGACGUGAUCGGAUCUUCUACAGUUAUGACGGCGGUAUUCGAGCUACUCAUGAAGAUGGCCGAGGUGGUGAUUCGAUAUACUAUCUGGGCAUCAUUGACUGCUUGACUCAUUAUGGUUUCGUCAAACGAGUCGAACAUUUCUGGAAAGGCCUUUCAGCCCCCCGGACACAAAUUUCUCCUAUUCCGCCGCAAGCAUAUGGAGAACGUUUCGUCAAUUUUAUCACUGGUAUAACAAUGACGCAAGAAGAAGCCGAGCGACGAAAGACUGAAGAAAGUCAACGACCGGGAGAACAGGUGCAACCCACAUCUGUGGAUAGUCUAGGCCCACCUUCUGGGAUUCACUCCGACAGGUAUAGCACUGAACAGACCGCGCCAUCCCCUCUCAUGAGUCCGGCGGUGGAUAAGACCAUGCAGAAAGCUCAAAGACAAGCCGACAAGGCCACCCCUAGUGACAAAGAGCGGAGGAAAAGCGAGGAAGAGAAACCCGAGCGGACGCUCAGGACGAUAGACGAGCCGAAACAUUCCAUGUUAUUACCAGUCGUCUCCGAGGCUGGUGAAAGUGGAGAUCAAACCGAGAAACGUCCCUUGAGUCUCGCUCCUGAGGAAGAAGACAACAACAAUAACAACGACGACAGCGACAACGAGAAUCCACCGCCUAUAAUAUCGACGAACUCUUCAAUACCAGGAGUCCGAAAAGUGUUGUCUUCGACCACAGACAUGGAAGACGACAUCAGUAUGUCAAGUCCUCGAGCCGUGGACUUGGAGCCUUCGUCUCAAAUUGACAGUGAGUCCAUACAAGAACGUACUUCAAAAGAAGAAGAACAAUUCAAAAAGCCACCUCGGAUUGCAAGUGAUUUGAUACAACCUCAGUCUCCGCUGGGUGAUACUCUGAUGAGGUCUCUGAAUGAGCGUCUUGGAUCUGGAUCUCAAUAG